CGUGGAGGCACCAUAACAAGUCAAGAUGAAAUAAAAUGUCAAUUGCAUGUCAGCAUGUUGGCGUAGUAGAAGUAAACAAUGCAGUCGUUACAUUUUUCACUCAAAAACCUUUUCAUAAAUAAUUCGUAACGGCACGUGUAAAUAAAAAUAAUUUAAAAUAACAGCCAGAUGUUGAAAUUUGUUAUUUUAAAAUUUUGUGAAAGGAAAUUGUGAUGUGGCAUGACUUAUGCACUUUCAUACGCACUGAAGGUUAUAAGACAGUUUAUUGGUGUGUGCAGACAGUAGAAUGGGCGAAGUGCGGCGAGAGCGCGCUGUCAACUGUGCCGACCGCACUGUGGGCCGUCGGGGCGGCGGCACUGGCGCACCGGGUGCUCGGCGCUAUCUUCAGGCGGUUCCUCUUCCGAAGGGUGCCGUUAUGGGAACUCGUGUUACAGAAUCUCCUCUUCAUUUGGAUGGUGAUAUACAGCCUACACUUCUGGAUGGUGCUGGUCAGGGUAAUCAAGAUGCUCGUCGAGUACUGCUUCGAUGAGAGCGUCGUAGCUGCCCCAAUAGAAGAGAUAGUAGAAAGCAAAAAACUUAUGCAGCAGUGGGUGGUGUGGGUGUGCGGCCUGGUCCCGCUGGCGGUCUACCUGCACACGCGGCCGCGCCCCGAAGCCCCACCUCUCAUGAUAUGGAUUACAACGAGUCCAUGGCAACGGCGCGAGAUGGGCCCUUACGGAUACUACCUCAGCCGGCCGCUAACUUCCCUGCAGUCCACCGCGAAUCUCACCAGCCUCCAACGGGCGCUCACCCUUCGGAAAGCCUUCAGCGACUCCAAAAUAGUCACCAAAGAACCACCCAAGAAAAGAAGAUACUCGAAAUCUGUUUAAAACAUUUGUAUAAAAAUAAUAAAAGUUUGAACACUU